UUCUCUUUUCUUACAUCAAGAUCUUCUCUUUGUGUGUGAUUAAAAUUAUUUAUUGAAAUCGAUUUAAUAAAGUAGGAAAGUUUUGUGGCGUUCCUUUUCCCCUCCCAUUUCGGUUCCCACUGAAUACAUGACUUUGCAAUGUAUUAUCUGUAUACGCUAACUCGUUAUUCUGUCAUUCUCUCCUUGGCUACCAUCGACAACCAUCGCCGUUGCACCAGUAUCCUGCUUCUUUAACUGAUCUACUCGUUUUUUCUUUAUUUACAUUCGUGAACAAUCAAACAACGGUUACUCGGUUGUUGUUGAUGUUUUUACUGUUGUUAUUCUUUGGUUCUCUGGAUACACCGGAUUUUGUUCUUCUUACUUCCUGGCUUACCUGGGUGAUAGAACAUGGACAUCGCGAAGGCCUAUCAUUAUCUCUUCGAGGAAAUUGCAGAUCCCAGAGUGGCGAAUUUUCCUCUAAUGAAAGAUCCCUUCGCUGUGACAUUGAUCUUGCUUGCUUAUCUAGAGUUUGUUCUUCAUAUCGGACCUCGUUAUAUGAAAAAUCGGAAACCUUACAAACUGAACAACUUUUUGAUUCUGUAUAAUAGUCUGUUAGCAAUUGCAAGUGGAGUCACAUGUUACGGAAUUCUCACGUCGGGUUACACGACGAAUCUUUCCCUUGGAUGUGAACCUUAUCGUAUUUCUUAUGAACCCGAACCUCUUAGGAUGGCUGGUUGGGUCUGGUGGGUCUUCAUAAUGAAAGUAGUCGAAUUAAGUGACACAAUUAUUUUUGUCCUUCGAAAGAAAUUCAAUCAGACAUCUUUUCUUCACGUUUAUCAUCAUGCUACAACGGUUUUUAUGGCAUGGGUUACUUGUAAAUACGUUCCAGCUGGUAUGUGGACUUUUAUAAUUAUUCCAAAUUGUAUGGUCCACGUAAUCAUGUACACUUAUUAUCUAUUGGCUGCUUGCGGACCAGAAGUAAAAGAGAGGAUCAAUCCGGCGAAAAAAUAUAUCACGAAACUACAAAUGAUACAAUUCACCGUUAUGCUGAUACACACAGCUCAAGCAUUCAUGCCCUCGUGCGAUCCAAACAGGAAAUAUUUGGCAUGCUUGUAUGCGUUUCAAGUGAUCGUAAUAUUUUAUAUGUUUUGCGGCUUUUACAAAAAGUCUUAUACGGAGAAGAAGCUGGAGUAAAAGAUCCUCGGUGUUAAUUAAAAUGAUCGAAUGAAUGAAACAAAGGAUAUUAAAAGUUUCUUGCGUGAGAUAAUAAAUGGAUGAAUAUAUUUUGCACACGCUUACGCAUAUAUGUAUAUAUAUAUAUAUAUAUAUAUGUAUAUCGAUUAGAACUUACAAAAUCAAGCUUUUCCAUCUUAUUUAUCUUAAAAAGAUAGGAAUGAAUCUCUUAUAAAACAAUUUUAUAUUUUCUUAAUGGUACUU